AUGGCUACGUCGUACGGAAUGGCUACAUCGUACGAAAAAGCUAGCCUGGCUGCUUUGCAACGUGGUAAUGUUGAAAAAUUGGACGAGCUGUUGAAAGAAAGACCAGAUCUCAUCCACUACCGCUUCAAAAAUCGAGGAAAUCGCACUCUACUUCACAUCGCUGCGCAAGAAGGCUCUACUGCGUGUCUCAAAAAGCUACUCUCAACCCACGGAUCUGUUGAAACCACGGCUUUACAUCUGGCUACUCUAUCAGGAAUGGCAGAGUGUGUGCAGCUGCUGUUAAACCACAAUGCAAACCCUCUUCUUCGAGACUCGAGACGCAAACACACACCUCUAGAAAUUGCUAGAAGCAAACGCUUUUCCAGAUGCUCCAAAUUGCUGGAGGAAGGUGAAGAAACUUACAGAAAUAUUACACAACGAGAGGAAAAAGUGCAAAGCCAGGUUGCAGCUGCUCGUACUGAGUUGGAGAAUGCAUGCUUGAAUAAUUCUAUGAGUGGUGUAAACCAAGCUUUUGACAGUUACUCAAAGAGAAUAAUCAGGAAGGCAAUUUAUGAACCAAUUGAUGAAAUAAAACAAAGCCUCAUCUUACGGCUUGCAAAAGCUGAUCGUCACUUGUUCUUAUCCAAGUGUAUCAGUCAUGUUGGUCCACCUCCCCAUUCACUCUCGUCUGAUUCAAGUUUAUUGCAUUUUGCUUGCCGUUACUGCAGUGAUCAAGUAAUAUCUACAGUAUUUAGUCACUUUCCCAAUAUGGUCAACCUAACUGACAGUGAGAACUCGACUCCUCUUCAUGUGGCUAUAUCUCUAGGUAAAGUAGAUAUAGUCAAGCUGUUUGUUACACCCUGUGCUACAGCUGGCGAUAGUGAAGAUGUGGAUCAAUCACUGGUCAUGUCAGACUUGAACGCACUAGACAAAUGUGGACGCACCCCUUUGUACUUGGCAUGCGCAAAUGACAGUUUCUUUGUGGCAGAGUUGCUUCUAGUGGCAGCAAGGAAACGCAAAGCAACUUUUACUAAUGCCACGCUACCAAUCAAUGUAAAUUGCUUUGCUAAGACAGGUCGCACACCACUUCAUGAGGCUGUUUGGAAUGGGAAACUUAAACUAGUAGAGAUGUUAAUAGAACAUGAAGCAGAUGUGAAUGCUUUGGCAAAUCCCACUCCUGAGGUGGAAAGAAUCAUUGACGAAGCAGCAGACUAUGCCAGAUUGGAGACUCAAAGACAUAAACAAGAGAAAAAAUCUUCCAAUUAUCUGAGUAGUGCAGUUACUCUUCGUAAUGGUGUAGGAAAUCAGACUCAAGCUGUUGGCAAAUGUAAUGAUUGCCACGAUGACUAUAACAGAUGCAGUCAGUUUGAAGACACUGCAACCGACAGUUCAAGUAAUAAUAUGCCAGUCACUUCUGGUAAUGACCUUUUAGGACAAGUGACAAAUAGAACUUCCUCUUCAACGUUUGAUCACUUUUGUAAACAAAGUAAAGAAAGUUCAAGACUCAAAAGUAAACGUUCUGUCAGUGCAGCAGCUUUGGAGCACAAAGAGACUGAUACAAACAAAGUCAGUCCACUUGUAGAGGCAUGUUUGCGAGGUGAAAUAGAGAUAGUAGACUGCUUACUACGGCAGGGUGCAACUGAUAAACAUGGGCUUGCUUUGUGUGUUUCAAUCUUUAAUGGCCGUGAAACAAUAACAAAACGAUUGCUGUCUCGGCAGCAUCGAAUACGUUCAAGCAAGGUACAAGGACGACAAGACGAAAUUGACAAGACAAAUGCUAUUGCUGUUUCUUGGAAAGGGCUGCGUUUGGUAGAAAUUGACCCAGAAUGGCUCAGUGGUGAGUACCUAGAGGAAGGCAAAAUGGGUAGUGAAGACUCUUUCUCUCUUAUUGAUACACUCGAAGAUGCUGUGUCACCAGCCAUUAUUUCAUAUUUUGAAAAGUCGUGUCAGGAGCAUCUAGAAAUGAAUCAACUAACACCUAUAACAUGGCUGAAUUUAAGCUCAAAUCGACUGUUGCAAGUGCCCGUAGAAGUGUUUCAGAUAGACAACUUGCUUUUCUUAGACUUGUCUAGCAACUUACUUGUUGAGCUUCCCGGUGGCUGUCAGUCACACGAAUGGACCUGUAAGUUGUUGACUUCUUUAAAUGUGAGCAGAAAUAGACUGAUAGAUGUUCCUCAGAGUUUGUGGUCAUUAACUGAGCUCACUUACUUGAAUUUGGCUAACAAUCAGCUGACAUGUCUAGAAAGAUAUGGUAAAGAAAACAGCACUUAUGAUGUAUGGCAGAAGCUGGAGACUUUAAAUGUAAGAGAAAACCGUCUUACAGUGCUGUCUCCGCUAUUAUUUAGCUGUCCGCUUUUAGAAAAACUAAAUGCUAGCAAAAAUGAGAUAAGUAGUGUUCCUGCUAGUAUGUGGACAGCAGCAUCUCUUCGUUCACUAAACUUGUCCAACAACUGUUUAUCAGCUCUUCCUGAUAAAUCAGUGGCAUUGGACAUAAAACUGAAAGAGGUCUCAUCUUCGACUACUCCUAUCACUAGGGCUCAGUAUUAUGGUGGUGACCCUAGUAAUUGGACAGCUGCUGCGUAUACAGAGAAAGUGUUGACUAAUAGUUCGUGGGUUGAGGUUACUAAGCAAAGUGACAGUCAGUUGUCCAAACGUUCACAUGGCAACAAUGAGUUUGAGAUUGUUAGCAAGGGCACAACUCUGAUGCCUGGUAAGGAAAAACCAGAGUUGACAUCGUAUUGGCCCAUUAGUGAAAACGCAACAGAAGAGAAAUCGACGGAGAGUGAAUCAGGGCUAACGUCACUCAAUUUGUCUGGUAACAAGUUCGGUGGACCUCCAACAGGUUUGGUUUGUCUUGCUCCCAAUCUCACUGAAUUGGAUCUGUCCCAUAAUGAAAUGUAUCGGCUUGGUCCUUUGUGUCAUUACCCUGCUCAGCUUAAAACUCUCAAUCUUUCUGAUAAUCAGCUUGUAACUACAGAAGUGGAAAACCCAUUAUGGCAUCACCGUGUGUGUUGUAACCCUGACAAAGAGGAUAUGGCUGAAGACAGCCGUUGUGCUCAUCAAUGUCACCAGACUUUGACUAAAUUAAGAAAACUGAACUUGAACAAGAACUUAUUGUCAACUGUUUGUCUGCAGUUGCCUGAAUCAGCAAUGAAAAGUCGGAGGCGAUUGCUUAGUGCUCAUUAUCGUUGUCGAGAUAAUCAAGGAGAGGACAUACAGGUCCAGCAACUAAAGAUGCUGUAUCCAUCUUUAGAGGAGCUGCGGAUAGGUCAAAAUAGAUUAAAAUCUUUGCCAUCAUCCUUGGGGUUUCAGAAACAUCUUCGUUUACUACAUGUGGAUCAAAAUCCUAAUCUAACUGAGCUUCCUCUGCAACUUGGUCGUCUCAAAGGUGUGACCUACAAUUUAAAAUUAGAUGCCAAUCAAAUGCAUCUUCCUCCACCUCCAAUAGCAAGGGGGAAUUCGCGGCAGAUUCUAACAUACCUUUAUUCUCUUGAACAAGAAUCAACCGAACAUCGACAGCUGAAACUAACCAUCGUCGGUUAUGAAAGACGUGGGAAGACCAGUCUUCUUGCGAGACUUCAACGUGAUAAAGUGAAUAAGAAGCAGCCAUCUACUAAAGGAAUUGAUGUCAGAGAAUGGAUUCUACACAACCCUCGAAAUUCUAAGCGGACUUACAAAAAAUGCGAAAAGCAAGAUCAUGUCAUUUUCAUCACUUACGACUUUGCAGGACAAAAUGAGUAUUAUGCCACUCAUCAGUGCUUCCUAUCUGAGCAAUCACUGUAUCUGGUGGUAUGGAAUGUUAUGGGUGGAGAAGAGGAAUUGAUGCGCAUCGGGCAGUGGCUGCUGAAUAUUCAGGCUCGGGCUCCUGGAUCUCCUGUCAUUAUAGUUGGGACACAUCUAGAUCUCCUUUCAGGAAAGUCUAGAGUGUACCUACAGCGCAUGAAUAUGUUGAUAAAAACUACUUACCAAGAAAACUCAUCGAAGCAAUAUCCAGCUGUCUUGGGUAUGGUGGAGGUCAGCUGUACAGCAAAGUUUUCUAACGGUAUAGAGGAGCUAAGGAGAUUAAUUUACGACGUGGCUGUAAAUCUGGAAAUUGAUGGCAAUGGAAAAGUAUUAUUCAAAGCAACACAUGAAGAAGGAAGCCACUUGCUGCUACAACAGAAAGUACCUGCUAGUUACUUCAAACUACAAGAUAUAGUGAAGCAAAAGGCUACUUCUCUUAUAACCUCCAAUGACGAUCCAAUUGUGGAUGAAGAUAAUUUCAGGAGCAUGUGUCAAUCAUUGUUUGAAGAUGAUGAGGAAAUGAACCAGGCUGUUGGGUUUUUGCAUCAAAGAGGAGUUUUGCUCCACUACGAUGAGCCUGCAUUAGCAAGCAUGUACUUUCUCGAUCCUCAGUGGCUUAGUAAGAUGCUAGCCAACGUCAUCACAACACAUGAAGAGAAUUCGUACAUAGCUUUCGGUUUGAUCAAACGAGAAGAUUUGAUCAAUUUGUUUAGAGACAGGCAAAUUGCUGAUGAUAAACUAGAAGUGUUCAUCAAUUUGAUGAGUAAAUUUGAAGUGGCCAUGCCUUUGAGUGACAACUCACUUUUGAUUCCAUCGCAUCUUCCACCCAGUUUGGAGAAGAGCAGUCUAGUUCGUUCUGCAGUACUUUGUCAGUCUUUGAAGCAAUCUUCUGUGGAAUUAUAUUUACCAGAGACCCAAUCAACCUGCGUUUCUUCUGAUUACCAAGAUCUUCAACAGCAAUUUUCCCACCAAGCUGAAGUAGAUGUACAACUACCAAGAGACCAUUUAGUAAAUCAGUCAGCAAACAGUGUGGAAGAUUUUUGUUUGGAAAACACUAUAACAAGAGAUGAAUUGCGUUCACAUUUUCGGUUGUGGGUAAUGAGUUACAUUCCCAGCGGUUUCUGGCCAAGACUGACUUGUAAAAUAACACUAGACAACCGACUAAAGCAAGCUCUAGCUGUAGAAAUUUUGGACACCGAGCAGCUAGAUGGUGAAAAGAAUAAGAAUCAAUUCUGCAUGGCUGAUUGGUUGUUGUCUUCUUCCGGCAUUCAGUUGUUUAGUGGUGAUCUGCUCAUUUUGGAACUUUGCCAGAAAGCAGCUCCUAGUAUUGAAGGAAUUUCCAAAUUCAGCGAUUCAAAACAAUGUCAUCUAGGUUGCUCUAUACAGCUCACCAUAUUUGUUGACAACUUACGUCAACUACAGUAUAAGAGGGAAGUGAUAGCUGUAGCACACGUCGAAGGUACACCGAGUUUGUACUUGGACCCGGCAAAUGUAGGCGUCAAUACGUUGACAAUUGCUCGACGAGUUGCGGCUGAGAUUCUAGUAAUUGUGUCGCGACAUGUUCAUUCCCUUAUUAAUGAUUGGUAUCCUGGCCUUGUGGACUUUGUUCAUUGUAUUAUACCAUGCACUCAGUGUAUGCUGGUACUGCCACAAAGUCAAGUAGACUUUCUAGAGCAACCACACACAGAAGAGACUGCACUUUCUCUGUCUUCUGUUGGGUUGGGGAAGAUGCAGAAUUCAAAUGCAAUUUUACCAGAUACCUCUACAAGCUCUACAUGUGGCAGCAGUACUGAGCCAAAUGAAAGUACAGGCAGUUCCAUAACUACUGAUGACACAGGCUAUGGCACUAUUGAAAAUCCCUUUCGUCUCAGAUCAGAAAGCUGGGUCAAUGUUGAUUCUUUGGCAUGGAAUGAGUUUCUUGGACGCUCUGUCAAUGGGAUUACAUUUGAAACUGGAGUUGGGAAAUCCAAAAAAGAAUUUCGAUGUAAGAAACAUGGAUUGAUCAGCUUGGCAUCAGCAGCUCCAGAUUUGGUAUUUGCUGAUCUUUCUCCUGACAUCCACAUCAUUUCUCCAGAGUCGCCUUCUCUUUAUACGGAUGAGGUUGACCAAACGUUGCUUGGCAGUGGAGGAUUUGCCAGUGUUUAUCGAGCUAGGAUGCAAGAUGCAAAAACUGGCAGAACUCACAAAGUUGCUGUCAAAGUUUUUCAUAAUGGUACAUCCAAUGGUGGGAAUAAAUACAAUAAUUCGAAUGCCCUACUUCAAGAAUACAAUGAAAUUCGCAAAGAGCUUGACAUUCUAAUUCACUUUAGGCACAACAACAUCGUGCUGCUUCGAGGAGUUGGACUGAACCCUUUAUCUCUGAUCUUAGAAUGUGCUGACAGAGGUAAUUUGGAGGAAGUUAUAAAUGUCUUUAGAGAAGCUGGAGUUCAACUUAGGAUUACGACAGUUCAGCAAACAUUGUCUCAGGUGGCUGCUGCUGUUUCUUACUUGCACGACCAAACAAUAAUUCAUCGUGACCUGAAGCCUGAGAAUGUGUUGGUAUGGUCUUUCCCAUUUGCACGUCAAGAUGAAGAUCAAACCCAGCACAAAGUUCAGGUAAAACUAUCUGACUAUGGCAUUAGUCGAAUUGCUGGACGCCUCGGGAGCAGAGAUGAUGGGGCCCAUAGUCCUCGCUAUACGGCUCCUGAGUUGCUUCAACAUGCUGGACAAGUAUCCUACAGUGACAAGGUUGAUGUGUUCUCCUUUGGAAUGUUGGCAUACUAUGUCGUUUCAAUGAAACGUCCUUUAUGGAAGCUUGAAGGACAUGAAGCAGAUAGAGCCAUCAUGGUGGGAAAGCGCCCAGAACAAACUUUGAAGGAGCAGCAUGUAACUGCAAUAGUACAUGAUAUGAUGUUGGCAUGUUGGAAACAGGAACCAGGCUCCCGUCCAACUAUGAAAGAAGUAGAGUCUGUUAUCAAUUCUCCUGCUUUCUGCAGAGUGUCAGAAGUCGUGUCCACACCCAUUGCAGCAACCUCGCUAAAAGCUUUAGUGACUGCCUGUCACUGGGGUGGAGAGGGAGGUGUGGAAUGGUUAUGGUUGUGUGGAGGUAACCGAACACAAGGCAGUGUGUUGGCAUUAAACACAGUCAACAAGACUGUAGUGGAAUUUAGUGCAGUGUGCAAUUCAAAGAUUGUUUCUGUCUGUGUUGUCAAUAACUCAGUGUGGCUCGGAACACAUUUUGGUAACAUUGUCAUCUACAGAUUGUGUGGUGAUGGGUCAGCCGAAUUGGCUAUCAGUCAAAACUUGUGUUCCCCUAAUCCGGUAGUUGCUCUCCAGCACAGUACUGAAUGUCACUUAGUUGCUGUUGCUUUACCUGGAGGAGCACUUUACCUCUACAACGAUCAAGUGACUGAUACUGACAAAUUGGUACCAAAAAUUAGUAUUGAAAGUGCUGGGAGUGAAGCUUGUUGCAUUCAAUUUGUGAUUCAUUGUGAUGCAUUGGAAAUCUGGUGCGGUCUUCGAUCGUCAGCAAUUGCUGGAUUUGUAGCUCAGCAAGACACAAGUAGAAGUGAUGUGAAUGUUAAGUUAUUAAACAUAAUAAAUCCCUCAGAAAGUGGAAAGUCUUAUCCUUACAGUCAUGCAGUAGCUUGCUUUCAAGAAUUAGAAGGAUGCAGUGGUACGAGGAUCUGGUUUGGACAAAUUCGACGAUCACAACUAACGUGGGUUGAUAGAGUGGGAGCAAUUGUUUACACAGGCAAGGUCGAAGUGGGAAACUUUGUUCACGACACAGAAAGUAAAAACGAAAGAUCAAGACUUAACAUUACAUCGAUGUCACAUCAAAGAGAAGAAUUGUUUAUAGGCAUGGAAGGCGGCUACAUAGUUGUUCUUGAUUCAUUCAAGUGCACUUGCCAGGCAGUGCUACAUCUCUAUAACUCCAAGGUAUUGCAUGUAAUACCACUAAUACCAACAAUUUUGAAAUCGCAAGACAAAUAUCAGAUUUUCUCCUGUGGGAUUGGGUUCAAAAGUCUAAGCAAGGAAGUCUCGGGAGAAAAUAGCAGCAAUGAGGACACUGCUGACAUUAUAACAUGGGAAGGAGGGCUAUGGUAGUAAUUACAGACUGAUUUAGGAUUUUGAUUUAGGAUAGUAGAACACUUUGUAUUUUGUCUUAUGUUGAUCAGAUAUUUAGUUUGAACAUCAUGUACAAGUAUAAUGAGAUGAAGGCAUAAAACACU